AUGGCCAAAGUGCCAGUGGAGGAGGGCACCGCAAGCUUAGUCGCCUCGCUUGUAUCCUGCGCUGCUGCCAGUGUGAUCAUGGUGAUGGCUUGGGCGGCAAGGAAGAUUUGCAAGAUCCACCGCAAGGUCUCCCCUAAGGCUUGCGCUCAGUACAGCCUCACGGACCCGACGGACCUUAUCCGGUAUUUGAUAGAGACAGACGUGCGACUGGUUCGCUUGUCCUACUUGCUGGAGCUGCAGCAGAACAAGCUUCCUUGGCCACGACGCCAGGAGGCCGACGACGUAGUUCUAGAAACUGGGGAGACUGCGCUCGUGACAGCUUCAGAGUUGCAGCAUCUUUCCCAACCCACUAACCGUCGGUUCUUCACCACCUCGGGCAAGCUCAUCCACUUCGGGUCGGUUUCGCAUUGCUGGGAAAGCAUGGAGCAUCCGGACCCAUGGAGUUUCCAGCUGAACGUACAACGCUUCCGCAACAUGGAAGGUGAGAGGUCACAAGUAUGGCUGUUUAUCGAUUUCAUGUCGCUGUUCCAGUAUCCCCGCAACAAGGCCCAAACCCAAAGCUUCUUCAAAGCACUUCAAGGAAUGCAUGUUCUGUACACUCACGAGCUUGUGAAGGUGGAAAUUCUGGAAGAGCUGACCCUGCUGGACAUGCAGUCUGCAGGCAGCAACCAUCAGAUUUCUGUGUACAAUGAUGCCAGCAGCUGCGUGGAGCAGGUUCCCAUUGCAACUCUGAAGUUGAACCGCGUGCCAUAUCGCCAACGCGGCUGGUGCCAAGCCGAACAGGAGUGGGCCAGUCUCCAGGAGACCUUUGCCAGGCGCGUGCCAAUGCCCCCCGACCUCUUCUCCCAGUGCAUGGACAUGUGCAGGUUCACGCAUCGCAACGAUUCGGUAUUGGUGCAGGAGUUGCAGGAGAAGAUCUUCUUGCAGAAGGCGCACGAGACCACAAAGCUAAACCUACAAUUGCCAGACGACCAAGUACCUGUCUUGUGCGCAGCGCUCCCCUAUUUCGGUAGCCUGGACGUGGUCAUCAUCCGUGACACCAGGCUAGGCUGUGAAGGUGCCAGGAGGAUCGUGGAGUCUGGGGCACGCCACAUCCACCUUGAUGACUGUGAACUCGGUGAUAAGGAGGCCCUGGCAAUCGCUGACGCCUUGGAGACGACAACAGGCGUAGACCAGCUGACGCUCCGCCAUACGCACAUGACUCCUGUUGGGGUGGAAGCCCUGCGAGCAGCCACGAAGGUUUUUGGCGCAGUGUGCAUUAACCUGGAUGAGCAGAAAAUUUCAGGGGUUGUCGCCCAGUCAGUUGGGCCAACCAGUUCGAUGGAAACCACGGACACGUUGAGGCAUCUUUCGUUUGUCUCGGUAGAGACACCACCCUCGCCUCCUCCGAGGUUCCCCAUCCUUCUCAGAGCUUCCAGGUGGACGAAACACAUGUGA